GCACAAUUACCUUGCCGUUAGCGGGAAAUGCAUAUGAAAAUACGUAGUAAACUGCAACUCGCCGGAGAUAGUUUGUUUGGUUUGGCACAAUCAAUGCAAACACAACAAACACCGCGGAACACACAGCUGGCCAGAACUUCAACUUUCCUGUCCAAAGCAAGCCAGUCACCCUAGUUUGAGCUCCUGGCUCUCCGAUAAUUUUCACAAUGCAUUUUGCAGCUCUAGUCAUAGGCCUCUUGGCCACUUUCGUGUCGACGGUGACGGCCACCGCUCUCACCUACAAACUCGAAGCCAACGAGAAAGCUUGUUUCUACAACUAUGUUGACCAAAGGAACGCGAAGGUCGCAUUCUAUUUCGCUGUCCAAUCCGGUGGCUCUUUUGAUGUGGAUUACCAGGUUGUCGGGCCUGGUGAGAAAGUGGUCCUAGACGGCACCAAGGAACGCCAGGGCGACUUCGUUUUCACGGCGCAGAGCAUUGGAGAGUACAGAUUCUGCUUCAAUAAUGAAAUGUCAACCUUCGCCGAGAAGCUUGUGGAUUUCGAGAUUGCGGUCGAAAACGAAGAACGUGCGCAACUGCCUUCCCGACAGGGUGCGAGCCCCGAGCAGGCCACCGCGCUCGAGGAGUCCAUCUACAAGCUGUCCGCUCAGCUUUCGACUAUUUCUCGGAACCAGAAGUACUUCCGCACUCGUGAGAACCGUAAUUUCAGCACUGUUCGUAGCACCGAGCGUCGGAUCUUCAAUUUCAGCGUCAUUGAGGGCUUGAUGAUGGUUUCAAUGGCUGGAUUGCAGGUGUUUGUUGUUCGGUUCUUCUUCCAGGGUGCCAGGAAGGGUUACGUGUGAUGAGCAUGAAUCGAUAGUCUAUGUUCUUUGAUUGGGGCCUCCCCUAUUGUAUGUAAAUCUGAUUAAACGGCCUAGGAUCUUUGCAUAUGUGUAUUUCUUCCUUUCCUCCCUUUUGAAACCUGUGGAUCUAAGCAUCAGGGUCGUAUGGUCCGAUUGUAGUAUAGUCGAAUCAAUUGAUGAACCGAUUGAUCGGCUCGCAAGGCGCUUGCGGUCGCGGUGGAGAUGGUCCCGGCCUCGUAGCUGGUUUCUCCUAACAACACGUUGCCAAGGGAGGUUGUUUGCGGUGGACCAACGUUUGAGUUUCAAUGCUACGUCGCUCCAGGUCUCGAGAAUCCAGUCAGUCUU